UGCUGCUGUGAUGGGGACCCUAAAAAGCUUUGGGAUCUUCUUCGUGGCGUUCCAGGACGAGUUCGGAGGGUCGGCAGAGAGCAUCAGCUGGAUCGGCUCCAUCAUGUCUAGCCUGCGGCUCUCAGGAGGUCCCCUGGCCUCUGUAGCUUGUGCGAAGCUGGGUAACAGAGUGACCUCUAUAGCCGGGUCUGCGGUCAGUGUUGGCUUCCUCAUGAGUAUCUUUGCCACCAGUGUGGUAUUCCUCUAUAUCAGCAUGGUGGCGAUUGCUAGCCUUGGUUUUGCCCUCCUGUACCAAGCCACCUCAGUUGUCACGGCAACAUAUUUCCGUAAGAGGUUAGCGACGGCAUAYUCCAUCGGAAGGUCUGGGAUGGGCUUGACCUUCGCCCUCGCCCCCUUCACUCAGCUGCUGCUGGAAAAGUACGCCUGGCAAGGAGCUCUGCUGAUCCUGGGAGGCCUGAUGUUGAACCUGGUGGCCUCUGGGAUGCUGCUAAGACCCAUCCACGUGAAGCCUGCACCACCCCCUUCCUCAUCCUCWUCUUCAUCCAUCCAAAAAAGCCCUCUGAUAGUUUCAGAGAAGGACCGCCCUCAUAAUGGAUGCUGCCUUAACGGAUCCACGCCGUUAACCAAUGGCAUCGCCAAAUCAGACUCUUCCCGUUCCAUUCCUCCACCCCUCCACUGGGACGCUGAGACCCAAGAGAAGGCCACGACCCCUGGGCUGGGUCAGAGCAACCACAGCSCCCCACCUCCACCAAACCCUGAACUGAUCAAACGUGUCCAGAACAGGCAGGUGAACGGGAACGUUCAGGAGCAGUCCCCCACCACGCCACUCACAGACACCUCCAGUCCGGUGGAACAGAAYGGUACCAUUAGCAUAAACGGUUCCGCUGUGGUUGGGUUCUCCUCGCCGAACGGCACCACCACCGUGGACGACCCCAUCCCACCGUUYGUGAAAGACCGAGUCCUGGACUUCUCCCUGUUAAAGAACCCCUUCUUCUGCAUAUAUACCUGGUCCCUGGUGUUUAGCCAGCUGGCUUACUUCAUCCCCUACUUCCACCUGUCUGCCCGGGCAAGGAACCUGGGCAUCGACGCCAUGGACGCUUCCUUCAUCAUCUCUGUGGCAGGUAUCACAGAGACUAUAGCCCAGCUAGGCUCUGGUUGGCUAGCGGAUAAGAACCUUUUCCAUAAGUACCACUACCACAAGGCCUACCUGAUCCUGUGUGGACUGGUCAACCUGUUUGCCCCGCUGGCUAACACCUACAUCUUGCUCAUGGUUUACGCUGUCUUCUUUGCCAUCUUCUGCGGCGGUUACAUGGCACUGCUACUGCCUGUCCUGGUGGACCUGGUAGGACAAGAGAAACUCAACAACUAUGGAUUCUCUAUGUUCUUCGUAGGCCUCGGCUGUCUGACAGGACCUCCUCCGCAGGGUUUCCUGUAUGACUACACCCAGACCUACGACUGCUCCUUCUACCUGGCGGGGGGGUGUUACCUACUGUCCUCUGUGUCUCUCUUCCUGGAGCCCGUGGCGAGGAGGUGGCAGAGCAGGAGGAAGAGACGCGAGGCCCGGAACGCAGACACCGGCUGGAAAACCAACGGCUGCUUCUGCCCCGAACCAGAGCCCCCUGUCCUGAAGAACAGCAACGGCGUCGUCUAGAUGGUGGUUUCACCACAGCUUUCACAUUUGGUUCCUUGGAAGUUCUGAGAAUAUUGUAUGCAAAAUAACCAUAGGGCAAUCACCAUGCCUUAACAAUCACGACGGUCCUUAGAACGUUUUGAUCUAGCUGGGACAUUAUCGGACUCCCCAACUCUACUUCAUCAAGCCUGGAAUCAAGGCUAUCUAGAUGGAGGGAGGGCAGGGUUGGCUUCCUGCUCUUAAUAAAUGCUAGACGUUUGACGAUUAUCCAAAGUGACUUACAGUACAGUGAGUACAGACAUUUUUAGUAUUUGGGAUCCUAGCUGCAAAUCGAACCCGCGACCUUGCUAGAGCCAUUGCUCUUAUUAACUGAGCCACACAGAACUGUGUGGAGGGAAGAAGGGCAGAGUUGGCUGCUUCCACCCUUUCUCUCACUCUCCUUAAUAAAACAAGCAUGGAUCUCCAUGUACCGACUGUGCCAGUUGGACCUAAGUUACCCAGCUUUUGGAUGGGCUGAAAUGACCGUGCUCCUUUGGAUAAAGCCAAGGAAUACCCAACUGGCUGACUGGCUGGAUGACUGGCUAACAGACUGACAGGCUGACUGGCUGGAUGACUGGCUAA